GUGGCCAUAGAUACUGCUACCGAGUUUCACCUGAGAGUAAAUAAUCAAGCUCCACCAGUACUGAAGGACUAGCAGGUGUCCAAGGACAUUAUUUGGAUUGUUCCUAUACUUCAAGGUAUGAGGCUAACGGUGGCUUUGCUGUUUCUGCUUACAGUCUGGCUCAAAACAGAUGUGACGGAGGCGCUGCAGGUGUCGCCCCCGGGGCCACAGACCGUUCAGAAGGCCGUCGGGGAGAAAGUGACCCUGGGGUGCACCUACAUCUCCAGCCCCGAAGACACGGGAGAGCUGGACGUUGAGUGGUCCAAACUCAACCCGGACAUGACACUGAAAGACCAACUGAUCUUAUCCUACACUGGGUUCGCGACGCACUACUACAGCGAUGCCGGGUCCGCCAAAAGACUCCAGUUCGAGGGGGACCCCAAGAAGGGAGACGCUUCCAUCUUCUUCUCCGCUGUGAGCGAGUCGGACAAAGGCACCUACAUGUGUAAAGUCAAAAUGGCGCCGGGUGUCGACACGAGAAAGGUCACUCUGGAAGUUUUGGCUCCCCCAUCGGUGCCAAAGUGUUGGGUUGAAGGCGGGGAGGAGAAGGGCGGCCCGGUCUCCCUCCGCUGUAAAUCCUACCAGGGAACCAUUCCUCUCAGCUACACGUGGACCAGAGAGAGUGGAGGUACAAUGCCAACCACUGCAACCCAAGACCCACAGACUGGGGAGCUGUUGUUUAAGAACCACACGGACAGCAACGUUGGGAGUUACGUGUGUCAGGCAAAAAAUGCCGUGGGCCAAGGACAGUGUAAAUAUGCACUGAAUGCAUACAACCCUACCAACAAGGCGGGUGUCAUAGCCGGGGCGGUGAUCGGCGCUCUCCUGCUGCUGCUCCUCCUCCUGCUUCUCAUCUGGCUCCUGAUCUGCUGCUGCCACAAGCGCCGCUACGUGAAAGAGGUCGCAAACGAAAUAAGGGAGGACGUCCCGGCCCCAGAGAGCAGGCCGAACAGCAGGAACUCCAGUUUCCGCUCGGUGUUGGCGUACCGCACCCACCCCGGGGUGCAAUACAGCUCGGUGAGGCAAAACAACCUGCCCAGCGUCAGUGAAUCGGGACCCGGUACCGUGCACUUUGGCGAGAGUAACGGUACAUCACAGCCAGCCAGGGCAGGGGAAGGCCGUCCUCCCCUCAAAUACGACCAACGAUAUGGAUACCCUGUGUAAUCCCUUUUUUUAUUUUUAGUACACAGCAAUGCCUUCUGACGAGGGAUGUUUUACUUUAAGUAAAAAAAAAAUAUAUAUAUGUAAAGAACUCAAUGCAAAGUAUGUGUAUGAAAGAUUUGUCAGUUCAAUAUAUUUACCGGGAGUAUAAAUCAGAUUUUAGGGGCGAGCCCUUGUUCAAACAAAAAUGUGGUUGACUUUCAAAGUGCACUGUAGCAAAUCCUCGCUACUACUAUUAUUAUUGUUGCACUGAUUUUGCUGAAAAUGUAUGUAAAAUGUAAAUAUGAAAAGACAGAUUUCUACUGAUGCCUUUUUUUUUCUUUUUCAAACAUUGUAUGGACAAUAAAACCUUUUUAACUGAGACGUUGAUGAGGAGAGUUC